UUGACAAGCAGUGGCGCCCCCCCCCCCCCCAUGUAGCCAUUUGACAUUCGGUAAUUUGGCUGCCGUUUCUGAUUUACACCUCGGAACGUUUGUGAAUUAUAAUCCGUUAGGAAAUUAGCCACGGCGCCUUUUAACUUUGCCCCAGCGUGGUCGCGUGAUCUGUGACGCAGGCGGCGUCAUUCUGCGACGGUUGAGUCGACCCUCUCUCAGUGAGCACAGGCUAAGUGUUGUGACCACGUUGUGCUGCAGUUUUUUGUUGUUGUUUUUUUUAAGUUUACACUCGGAUGUUUCGCAGUGUUUUAUUGGUUGUAAAGCAAAAAGCACUUCUUCUUGCUUUUGUGAGCUCUGUUUUGAUUCACUCCUUUGUGCUGUGCGCGCACGUGUCUCUCAGAAAAAAUGGCAACUGUUCAAACCUCUCACGCGAAGGCGGCUAAAAACACCGGGCAGACACGGGGCAAGAAGAGACCGAAGUCGGCCCGGAAAAACACAUAUUGUAUUCUGUGUCGCAGGCCGUAUUUAAAAAGUGACGCACAUGCGCACAUGCACAGUAUGCUGCAUCACCGAGAGCUGGAGUCGGUGAUGGGCAUGAAUACGUAUCAUGAUUGCCACGCAUGUAAGACAUCCACCAUGGGCUUGUUUGACUACUCCAAGCACAUCUCCACCAAACAACACAAAGCCAAGUUGCUGAGCUUGAUGUCUAAAAAUAUUGGGCCUCUUUCUCUGUACAAGACUCUGAGCCAAGAGGUCAUCAACCGGAUCCAGGAGAGAAACAAGACACUAAAGCAAAAGCAGAAGAAAAAAAAAGAAAAGAAAAAAAAGAAACUGAAUCAGACAGAGGGGCAGAAACGAGCGGAAAUGCUUCAGGGAGUCGCCCAAAGAAACGCUACGGCAGCCGAACAGUUGCACACUUGGAGACUGAGGCAGAUGGAAGCCUACCGGAUAGUUACAAACAACGUUGUCAGAAAUAAGGAGAACAAAGUGAUCAGUCGGCAAAGCUCUCUUCACCAGAGAGAAACAACUCCGCAGAAUCAAAGUGGAAGUUCGGCUGGUUCUUCAGUCGAGCCUGCCGGUAGAACUUGGCAUCCGGCUGUUGCCCAAGCACAACUCCCACGGCCACCUCACCAGGUGAGGUAUGAUGACAACUUUUCUGUCAAUAACCAGAACAUCAACGUCAGUGUGGAGCAAUCACAGACGAGGGGAUGUGCUAAAAGACCACAGAACACCAAAAGCGGUGCUACUGCUGACCAGCCGGAACAAAUAACGCGGAACGCCAACUACCAUUAUGAUGACUAUGAAAACAGAGGGUAUAGUGGAGGCCUCAUGUUUGAUCCCGGCCAGAAUGUGUGUACUGGAUCUCCUCAGCAAGGACAAGAAGGUACACAUUGUUCCUCUAAUCCUGCCUUGGCGAACAGAUCCACCGGUGCAGCUCCGAUGAGCGAUGCCGACCUCGGCGCGAUGCUGAGACAAAUCAGAAGAACGCUGCGUGUGAGGGAGCCGUGUAGAGCAGAUCGUAAAGCCCGGGGACAGACCAGCGAGGCCGGUGUGCGGGUGGCUGAUCGUAGCUCCACGCCACAUGCUGGGACUGAGAGAGAGCGACCGUCACCUGCAGGUACAUCUGUGUCUCCACAGGUCAACGCCCCCGCAUCUGCAGCCAACUCUGGUGUCUGUCCUUCCAACAUGACGAAACAGACGACUUCCAAAAUAACACAAGAAACAACACAAUGUUGGAAGAAAAGGUCAGCGGUUUCAGAUGGAGUGUCAAGCAGCACGAUGUCAUACAGCCGAUGCACAGGCAAGGCCUCCUCCACUCAGCCCACCCACAAGGUUCGAAUUGCCCACGAACCAGGAAAAAGUAAGGGUAGGAAGGAGGCCGGUCAUAAACCAACUGUGAACCAUUUGCUCGUCUCAUCGGGCGCCAAGAAUAAGAAGAGCUGGAGCGAGAUUUACAAUGCGAUGAAAAGGAAGAAGCAGGACAAGCUCACUGGAUUUCCCAGGUUUGCAAACAAGUUGUCGAACCCUCGAACUGUCCAAGGAAGCUCAACACAACCACCGGACAAAGACUUGCCUCUGUCCGAGGGCUUCCACUGGGAGUCGAUCCCGGAAAGUCCUUCAGGGUCACACUCGACUUUACCGCCUGCGGCCUGUGACGCACAGUCAUGUUCUCGGACCCAGGAACCUGGCCCAGCGCCACAGGGUGGGAGCAGUCCCACGGUAACACCAGUCCCCGUCAAAGCGGAAACGAUGGAGCCUGAGAACGGAAGGUCGAGAGACGACAGUAGUGCCAACAAGAGGAAACACAAAACGAAUGAUGGCGCAUCUGAAAAAGAGCAAAGUGGAAAAAAGAAGAGAACAAACAAGGACCAGGAUCAGUUGGACCAGCUGCUGGUCGUGUCGCUGAGGGAGGACGAGCUGAGCCACUCGCUGCAGGAUCUGGACACGUUCCUGGUCCAGGCUCGCAACGCCCUGCAGAGUGCCUACACAGAAGUCCAGAGACUCCUGCUCCUGAAACAGCAGUUCACCGCUGAGGUCAACAGUCUGAGAACCCAGCGCAUUGACAUCCUGCUGGGGAUGAAAGACGGAGCAUCUCACGUAGCUGAGAAAUCCACCACCUCCCCAGCAGGGCCUACUGUGACCCUGCAACCAAUACACACUCCCCCUCCCUCCUCCGGUGCCUUCCUGACUUCCUCCAGCCAGCAGCAGCCGGCCACACCCUCAUCUUCCUCUAGCUCCAAACCUCAUCCAACCCCUCUCCCUCAAUCAGCCGUGUCAAUAAAGCAAGAAAUCUGUGGCUCACCCACAGCCGGACAGGCCGGUCACUUUGUCUCAAGCACCGAUGCACCUCAUGUGCCUCUGAACCAACCUGUGCCCUUACUUCCCUCUGAUCCGCUCAAACCAUCACACUCGGCUUCUGCUGCCACCCCGACACCAGUGAACACGCCUGUUUCUUCUGAAUUAUCUGCGCAGCAGCAGGAGCGAGAGUCGAGGGAGGGGUCGAAGGGCUGUGUAAAGACGACGGAAGACGUGUGGUCAGUUGACAGUGAUUCUGAGGGGGAGACGGCAGGAGAUCUUGGCGAGGGGGACGCAGCAGAUAAGUCUUUCCCUGAUAGAGAUUGCGACGCGCCUGCUGCAGCACCCAAAGACGAUGACGGGAACAGGGGCAACGACUCCGUCAAAAAGAUGGCGCCCUCGAACCUGGUGGUUAUCGACAUUAGCGAUACGGACAACGAGGACUCGCCUGAGACUGUCUCAAGUGUCCCAGUUCACCCGGAGCCCGUGGAUUUCAGCUCUGUGAGCACACAGACGUUUCCGAAACAAGAGGUUGACAGAAAGAUUAAGAUUUCUUUUCCUGUAAAAGAUGAAAAUACUCCUGCAGUUUCAGAGUCUGUCGAGGAUGGGGAGCCGUCCCUGGGAGCGUUUCUGAGUCACACCGGCCCCGUCCACAGCCUGCAAGUCCACCAGGGCCUGUUGUACACAUGUUCAGCGGACAACACGGCACGAGCCUACAGUCUGACGAACAUGGAGUGCAUAGCAGUGUUUGAUGGUCACACGAACAAAGUCAACUGUCUGCUGGUGUCGUCGCCCCCGAACAUGCCGGCUCGCAUCUACACCGGAUCGAGUGACCAGACCAUCCGCUGUUACAGCAUCAAGUCAAAGAAGUGUCUGGAGCAGAUCUCUUUACUAGACAGAGUGUUGUGUUUGCACAUCGCCUGGAACAUUUUGUACGCCGGACUCGCUAACGGAUCGGUCGCUAGCUAUGAUGUGAAGACUCAGAGGCAGUUGGAUGUAUUUGAAUGCCACGGCCCUCGAGGGGUGAGCUGUCUGGGCACGGCGCAGGAGGGCGCCCGCCGCGUGCUGCUGGUGGGCUCCUACGACAGCACCAUUGGCGUACGAGACGCCAAGAGCGGCCUGCUGCUGCGCUCGCUGCGGGGCCACACCAAGACUGUCCUCUGUUUGAAGGUGGUGAAUGACCUGGUCUUCAGCGGCUCCAGUGACGCAUCUGUUCACGCAUACAACAUCCAUACGGGUGAGUUGCUUCGUAUCUACAAGGGUCACGGUCAGGCCGUCACAUCAAUUAUCAUCUUGGGGAAGGUGAUGGUGACGGCCUGUGUGGAUAAACUGGUCCGAGUUUACGAGCUACAGUCCCAUGACCAGCUGCAAGUGUACGGGGGUCACAGUGACAUGGUGAUGUGCAUGGCCGUCCAUAAGAAUGUGUUGAGGCUUCAUCUUGCUGUAUUCGCAUUGUUUCGUUGUACCACGCAGAUCUACACAGGAUGUUACGAUGGCAGUGUUAAAGCUGUGAAGCUCGACUUGAUGAAAAAACACCGCUGCUGGUGGCACAAUUGCUCUCUAAUUUUCGCCGUGGCGGAGCAUCUGGUGCAGCAUCUCGUCGAAGAUCACAGCAACCUGAAUCUGCAGACGGUCAAGUGUCGCUGGAGGGGCUGCGACACUUUUUUCCAGACGCAACAGUCGGUUCGGCAGGUAAUGAGAUUAAUUGCUCGGAGGAGACACACGUUGUUCAGCAGGUUUGAACACUGAGCCAUGAAAACUGGCCUUAUCAGUUUCCUCAGUUUGGUGUUUUGUGCUUCCCGCAGAAGCUGCCUGAUCACAUGCAGCGCCACGUGGAGGACGACAGUGAGAUGCAGUAGAUGAGGCCGGAGGUUCAUCCAUUGAAACGUUCAAGCUUGUCUUUUUUUUCCCCCCAAUCUUCUGUUCAUUUUUUUCCCUUUGGUUUCUCCAGACACUGACAGUGAGACAGGAGAGACAACGUGAUCCCUGAAGCUGUUGUAUGAACGGACCGAGACGACACCUAGUGCUUUUGUUUAUCACCAUUCUGUGCCUCAUUCAGUCUCUAAUGGACAACAGUUAUUCGUCCGGUUGUUUACAAGAUCAUGUUCAUCAUUUGCAGCCAUCUGUUUGCUUGAAGUAAUCAUGAGUUAAAACUUUAUUUGAUAAGUAAAAUAAUUCAUUACUAUUGGGAUCAAAGUGCUUUUUAUUUUGUUGUCAAUACUGUGAAUACAUGACCUGCGACUCUAGACACCUCAAAAUAUACGGUAUUCCACAAUAUGCCUCUUCAGAAGUGUGACCUGAAGCUAUUUCUACAACUAUGCAACACUAAUAUGAACUCCUCAGUAUGUUUGUGAAGCAGCUUGUGCUGUAAUUAUGCCGUUAGAAUCCAUCUUGUUCAGAUUUGCUCUAAAGUUGAGGUUGUGCGUUUCAGUUUUGUCUGAGAACUGACAACUUUCUGAGUAUAACUUGAUACUGCAUUAAAGUUAUUACUUGUUAUAGUAUGUAUUCCUUUGUAAUAAAUGUGUACAGCAAUGAAAAGACGAAUAGAA